CCACAAGCCUGUCCCCACAUCCCCCAUGGCUCAACAACAACACUUGCCAGUAUCAAUAGUCAGAAAACAGAGCCACCAUGAUGUUCCCACCCGAGCUGCGUUGCUCCAGCUUUGUGAUCAUUGUGGAUAAUGCACAUGCCCCGACCAAGGGAUUGCUGCAGCGAAUACGAAACCGAGAAAUGAUGGAGUUAUCGGCCUCACGAUGGAAUGCCACACCAGCCGCCAAUACAACCACACAGAGCAGCCCUGCUUCCUUGGACGAACCCACCACACCCACGAAUUUGGGACCCAAGGUGCCAUUGCGACAGAUCAGUCCUCCCGUCCAAAAGCGAGACAGCACCCAACAACCAAAGCUUGCAGCUCCGGCCACAUUGCCACCAUCACCAUCUGGCAGCCCCUCCUCGGAGUCCCGAAAAGGCAUCCCCAACAAGCCUGUGCGAAGUAAAAGCCCUCGCAUGCAACAGAGGGACUCCUCCUCCUCUUCAUUCGAGACAGAUUCGAAACCUGCCGCUACCUUACCCAUGUCGCCCAUGCUACCCGGUCGCCAUCAUCGUGCCAACCACGGCCACAGCACAGAUACAGCCUUGUCUCAAGAGCGCCCGCGAAUGCCACAACGCAAGAGGAGCCUGCUCAAGCAAGAACACAAGGAUGAAGAAGCUGCCAUUGGGCGAUUGUUGACAGCAGACGAGGAAGAUGACGAGGAGGAAGACGAAGAAGACACCCAGAACAUGGAUGCCUCGAUUGUCCUUACAGCACUAGAACAACAAGACAAAGGACGUCAUGCCUUGACCAGACGCCCCAGCCAGCUCGCCCGGCAAUCGAGCUUUGAGAUCUUGCCUGCUACCCUACCCACUCGUCAGUCAAGCUUUGAGUUGCGCCAUCGGGGCGCUUCGCCCCUUUCAGAGAAAGUCGUCAUGGAAAUCCUGCAUCAUCGCCAUCAUCCACGUCCUCUGUCUCCGGAACGAUCGCAGUCUUCCGCCAGCAUGCCAAACUUGUCUCGACGAGAUACACCCGAAGACCUCGCCGCACAAGUCGAACCCAAGCUACAUGUCUCCUUGCCCAACCUGUAUCUUUCGACGACGACGGGCCUCUCGGAUAGCCAAGAGACCGGCAAGCCACGAAGAUGCGCUCCAAGGUUGAAGGCCGCCUCUGCUGGAGACUUGGAUUCCGAACGACAUGCUCGCUUGAAAACCGAGGCUACCAUGGCAAAGCCAACUGGGUUUGACAAAGAAGAAGUUACCACUGCGGAUCAUCCAACUGCCCAACGGAUUGUCCCAUCAUCCAAGGUAUCCGCUGGUUCCUCAGUGCUGCUCACCAAGAACCAGCAGUUGCAAGGUCCUCCUGUCACCACUCCCAUGCCCCGCAAACCGAUGCGUCAAUGGAGUUUCAACUCCCAGUCAAGUGAGUCAUCGGCUGGCAGCUGCAAGGCCAGGCGCUUCCCCAUCUUUCGGCCUGGAGCUACCCGUCCCAGCUUGCCGGUCCGAAACUCGAGCUUUGACUUUACUGUGGAGCACGCAAAGUCCGCUCCACCUGUGGGCAAGCUACCGGGUCGUCAAUCCAGUUUCCCUGGGUUGCAUUCCACUUUUCAAAAGCUAUAGACGAUUCAAGUCGACUUAACUUUAGACAACAUUUACUUGCCAGCAUCUACUACCAGUAGUAUAAUAUAGUAUGAUACGGUGGGCUGCCUUCGAAAUCUGUAGCACCUUCGAAAUCUGUAGCAUCCCCGUUCUGUUGUGGCGUGCAUCGCACCAUCCGGGUGUAACUCGGCGGUUCCUAAGGUAUCACCACUGCUGCUGUGAAUGAUUCAUUCGUUGGAUCAAGCGUGUUACAAUGUUCCACCGCACCGCCUGCGGCUGCUUUUGAUGUGAGGUGACGCUUUACUUGGAUGUGUGAUUGGGUGUUGAAACCGUUCAAUUUUUAGGUUAAGCGGUGUCCAGGGGUUAGCCAGUCUUUGAUGGGUAGUUGAUGGGUAGUUGACGUUUGGUUGGUGUUGCUAUGGAGAGCAUUGGCUAGACAGCUUGGCUGGACAUGGGUCCCAGCUUGUUGAUGCGUUGUUAGAUUUAUGUUGCCGAGUUGGCUAUGAACACUGUUGCCAGAAGCUAUCCCAGAUCCCAGAUCAAAUCAACCAAGUGUCCUUUUAAAAUAAUUAAACAGUGGAGAGGGAGAAAAAGUUCAU